UCGCAGACUAUUCCACCAACUCUGAGCAGCUCAUAGCCCAUGACCUUUGCUUGCACCACCUGCUAGCAAGCAAGCUUCAGUCAUCUUCAGUCUUGUUAGCACAUUCUCCAGAAGUGGAUUACAGUUGUUAUUAUGGAUUUCUCUAGGUUGUCACUGUUUUCCACUUUUCUAAUUCUUGGAGUGAUGUCUGUUGGACAUGCAGAGGUCACCCUGAAAGUUACAUCCAUUAUCAAUGACCCCUACCUCAGGAAGGGCCCUCAACGUGGAUAUGAAGGUCUCGUGGUGGACAUCCUUAAGAAGGUAUCUGAGGUGACCAGCAACAAGUACAAGUUCACCUUCCAGGAAGUCAAAGAUGAAAAAUACGGGAUGAUAGUGAAUGCAUCGGAGAAAAAAUGGAACGGAAUGAUUGGGGAGAUUUUGACAGGGGAGGCGCACAUAGCAGCAGCAGCCUUAACUGUGACCAAGGAGAGGGAGGAGUACGUCGACUUUACUAUUCCAUUCCAAACAGCCGGCCCCAUCAUCGUGCUGAAGAAGCCAGAGAUACGCGAACCUACGGGGUCGUCCGCCCUCCUGCUUCUCCAGCCCCUGAGUGCGGGUGUGUGGAUCAUGAUCCUAGCAUCCUUUGGAUUCGCUUCCAUCGCGGUCUAUUCCAUCAGUAGGUUCAACCCUUACGAGCUGCCUCAUCUAGCCGCGGAGGGGAAGGUGUCUGAGGAACAGGGAGCACAGCUCAACCUCAAAAACACGCUAUGGCUCGUAUUCAGUCAGUUGACAUGGCAAGGGUACCUUGUGACUCCUCGAGCGGUCGCCACCCGUAUUGUCAUGGUCUCGUGGUGGCUGUUCGCCGUCUUCACUAUCUGUGCCUACACCGCUAACUUUGCCGGCCAAAUCAUGACAUCCGGGCGCCUAUCGGACUCAAUGGAACUUCCAAUCUCCUCCCACAUCGACCUAGCCCAGCAGACCAGCAUCGCUUACGGUACGGUCGCCGAAGGCUCAACCAUGGCUUUCUUCAAGAAAUCCCAGAACCCCACCCUGCAAAAAAUGUGGGAAUUCAUGAGCGUGGCAGAGCCUACGGUGUUCAUGAAAACCAUUUCAGAUGGUAUAGCUCGUGUUAGAUCAUCUGGUGGAAGGUAUGCCUUCAUCAUGGAGUCGGCCAUGGCGACCUUCGUGGUCAACAAAAGCCCUUGCGAUCUGACAAAAGUAGGCUACCCGCUCAAUAUCGCGAACUACGCGUUCGCGACGGCCAAAGGAUCGCCGUAUCACCGUGACCUUAGCGACGCCAUGUUGCUUUUACAAGAAAAUGGCGAGCUAGUACAGCUGGAGAAGAAAUGGUUUAAAGGAGAGUGCGAGGGGAUGCAGGAUGACAGAAGUGCCAUUCGAUUGAACCUCAAGGAUGGUCUGAUGUAUUCCCUGGACCUUGAAGACUUUGCCAUUCCGUUUAUCAUUCUGGCGAUUGGUGUCGUGGUUGGAGUCCUCGCUGCUGUAAUAGAGAACAGGGACUUUAAGAAGAAAGCCCAAAUUGAAGCUCGCGAGAAUCGCUAGACCAGCCUCUUCUUUGCUGUCGCAGGGCCGAUGCCUCACGCGCCAUCUGGGAAUCAAAGAAGUCAAAAAGCCUGAUAAUCGUACCAAAGAAACACGAAGUAGGUGCCACUGAAUUUCAUAAGAUGGCAUCACCUAAACGGGCAGCUGCAGAUACUGUAGACUUGGCUGUGAGAUAUCCUUUCAGAAUGUCACGGUGUACGCUCCAGUUGAUGAAAGAACCAUGCUUGAUCAAUUUGUAUUCGACGAAGAGUGCUGCGCAUGCGUGGGCUGCUGGUAUUAGGACUUGACUUUAUUUGACGACUGAGUUCGGCGAUUAAGAGUCGAGAUGGACGACAAAUUGGUAGUGCCGAGUUAUGUCUCAUCUGCAGGGACGUAUUUUCCUUCACUGGAACGAGAAACGACGCUGGAUAAGGAUCUCUAACAGUCAGGCCUACAGUAAUUAUAUGUGGGCAAUUCAGAACAGGGAAGGGGAAAGGCAUAUGGAAUAGCUUUCAUUUACACAAACGGGAACUUUACACUUAAUUAAGUAGCUUUUGCGGACGAUUUAUCUAAACUCGUGACUGAGGCGGCGUUCACCUUGAUGGAUAGUCGUUCGUUCCACCAGACCAAAAGUGUAGAAUUCUAUGUUUUUUCUCUUCAAAUUGGACCUUUCAAACUGUCAUUCAUACAUAUAGUCCCGCAUAUCUCGAGCGGUUGUUGGUGGGCUCGAAAUACACUCGGGUGUUUUCGCAAGCCCCCAUAACACCAAUGCCAACGCCUACUUCAUUGUUUGUUUCCUCAUCACGAUGACUAACAAUGAGAUAGGCGUUUGCGUUCGCGGCGUUUUGGGGGCUUUCCGAUCGCAGUCGGCUCACAUUUUGCAGCAUAACUGAGGCGUUGGCAUCUUGUGAUGGCCAAACUAAGAUGAAGCUAACCACAAAAUAGUCCUUGACGGGAAAUUAUGCCGAUGUCAUUAAAAUGUUGCUACAAAAGUUUUAUAUAUGGUAUUGGUCUUCACUAUAUACUAAGUAUGACUCGUUUCAAUAUUAAAUGUUUAACGUGUCGAUGUUUCAGCCAUAGGCGUAUGGUAUAUUUCAUUCUCUAAAGGCUUGUUUUCAAUCAAAUCAAUGAAUAGCUUGUUUUUCUGGACACAUUACACUAUUUAUUAUAUUUUUUGACAGAGCUAUGUAACUCUGUCAAAAAAAUAUCAACCAAUCCCCUGCCGCGCAAACCGCGUGCACUUUCGCGUAUUCUCAAGGUAAACACCAUGUAUUCAUCAAAUGGCGUAUUCAUCAUUUCUAAUUUAUAAUUUUAUAUAAAUGUUAACUUUAUCACUUGCUUUAGUAGAUGCCAUGUAUAUAUUGCAUCAAAUACAGUAUACGGAAACUGGGACUGCAAUUGGCAGCGCCAAAACGAUUUUGCAACCCGAUCAAGUCAUACGGUCAUCCAAUGAGACUGCAUCAAUUUCAAAGCAGCGGUAAACCCGUAUUGGAUCACAGAGUGACCUUUAUUUCUCGCUGCGGUGUGAAGUGGGUAAAGGUAUUGGUUUACCGAUACCACUACACACCUAGUGACUGAUUCAACUCCCGAUUGGAGUCAUGCUUUUGUACUUGUACUGACUGUAAUCUUGCAUUGACAUUUAAAUUUUGGCGCUGCCUCUUCUUUUUAUCGAUACAUUUAGCCUUAUCGGUGUAUUUUAUUGUAUUCGACAUGUUAGAUAAACUACUUUUAAUCGU